AGGUUCAUUUACUUCAAUGGAAAUCGAAGAAGAGGGCUUUUACCAUUUUGUAUCUCUAUAAGAAACGGUGACGCAAGAACGCUGGUUGUCUGGGCAGUUAAAGAGAGCCCGUGAAGCGAAGCGAAGCGAGUUCUAAAACACUUGAAUGAGCCCCAAUCGAUCUGGGCAAAUUGUACGGUUUUCCGACUGUCCUCUACCGGUUCUUAAAAUUGAGGCAGACAAGGUGUUUUAUUGAUCUAGAAUGCUGAGUGUUUGUAUCCACAAUUUGUUCAUUCUGUUUCAUAUUGGCAGUCUCAUUUGCAGUGGCCUACCAUUCAGUCAUGGGAAUUUGAUUGAAAGCAAAGUUUUGACUGUUGGAGAGGAGCUGUGGAAGGAAACGCUGCCAUUACAAAUGGGCUCCCAACUUUACCAACUGCAAGGGCUUAAAUCACAUACGUGGUACGAAGUGAAGAUCUCAUAUCCAGCUUCUAUACCCUCUAGCUUUUCUAUACAAUUGAAGAGAGGCAAUUCAGAACUGGGGCUGAACCGGCAACGGAAAUUACUCAACACUGAAAAGUUAAUUUUCAAGAGUGAUGACCUGGACUUGUUUACUAACCAGGGUGGAAUGUAUGUCCUGGUGACUGUGGAGCCUGAGGGGAUUGUUGCAAUACCACACGGACAAGAGAGGGAAUAUGUCAUUUAUAAUAUAGUUUGUGACAAACUAUUAUUAGGCAUCCCCCACAAAGCCUGGUGGGUUGUAAUUUUGGUAUUGCUUUGCUUGGGACUGGCAUUUGUGAUCCCAUCAUUUCUUCCAUCCUAUUUGCUACCAAGAAAUCAAAGCUCACAAUCAGCUGAUGAGAUUAUUUCCAAGGACUCUUAACUUCAUCUUGUCUUUGCCACAAAGUACAUAGCAUUUUGCUCUGAAGAUUGGUGUUGACCAGAGGAUAUGGUAAUCGAGAUUGGGGCUAGAGGAUUUUCUAACAGUUCGAAGUCUUAGUUUGGAAGGGCAUGAGGCAUGACCUGUCCCUGUUGGUUAUUUUGAGGAAAAAGAUUACAAAUAAACAUCAAUGCUUGACCAUGUACUUAUUAAAGGCGAUUUUUGCGUCAUCUGGAACUUGUGAUUGUAAAUUUCCUUCUCCCGUAUAUCUUGAGUUUAUGUUUGCCUUUCGUAUCUUUCACUUGUGAGAAGUUAUCAUAAUCCGGUUUUAUCAUUGUCUAUCAUUACGACCCAAAAAAAAAAAAAAAUGUUGAAGAAAUAUUAUAUGACCUGACCCGACCCGUUCUUAAUAGAGAAUGAGUCUAGUGGAAAAAUAGGAAGACAC